AUGUUUUUCAACAUAUAUAGGAUACAAUUUUUUAAGCUAAUCAUUUUUAUUUUCAUUAUACAGAAAAGAUUGAAUUGUGAUUUUUCUUUGAAGAAACCAUUUUUUAAUAAGUUUUUUAAAGAAUCAAAAGUGCCUUUGGGAAAUGUGAUCAUUCAAAAAUAUUCAUAUAGUGGAUUUUUAUAUUUACAUAAAGAGUUGUCAAAAAAUCAUAUUAAUAUAAUACAGGAAAUAAAAAUAUAUAAUAAUUUAACAGAUAUUUUACAUAAAAAUAAAACUGUUCGAAAAUAUGACGAUAAUACUUACGAAAAGUUUUACAACAUAUGUACUCCUUUUGUAGAAAAAUUAUUUACAGAAACUAUUUUAGAUAUUGACAAAUCGUUAAAAUUAUUAAAUGAGUUAUUAAUAAAAGAAGUAAAAUAUUUGCUAUUUAGUAAUAAUAAUAUUAUUUCAGAAUCUAGGAGAGAAAAUGAAGAAACUUUUAAAAAAAAUUUAAUAGAUAAGUUGUAUGAGGAAUUUUUACAAAAAGAAAAAUUAGAAGAAGAUGAGAAAACUUUACUCUAUUUCAAUAAAAUUAAUAUGGCUAAUAAACUUAGAAGAGUUUUAUAUUUAAACUCAAUUGAUGAACCAGAAGCUCAUGAUAUUAUUCUUAGUUUAAUACAAAUUGAUACAUCUAAAAUAAAUAUAGAUCAUAAAUCUAUUUUUAAAAAUUUUGAUAAAAUUUUAAAUUCACAAAAACCAUAUUUGCUACUGAAAAGGUUUUUUAGUGGUGAUGAAGAAGUUCUUAAUGAAUCAUUUUUGAGAACAUAUUGGAUUUGCCUAAAAAAUUUACAUUUCUACCUUAAAUCUUAUAAUUCACAUGUAUUACUUAUUUUAGGAGAUGAAUUUAAAGAUGCUAUUCUCAAAUAUUUAGAUGAUGUCAUUUGUAAAAAAAAAAAAAGAGCUAUUAAUUAUGAUAAAGAAAGUUAUUUUCUUAAUAAAUAUAAUUUUUUUGAUAGUUUUUUAGCUCUAACUAUUUCAAAAGUAUAUAAUUCAAAAGUAAAUAUUUUAAAUGAAAACGGAAUUUUAAUAUCUAUUCGAAUAAAUACACUACCUGAUAAAUUAAUUCAAUUGGUAUCUACAAAAUAUUAUUCAAAAACUUUAAUUCAUCAUAGAUUAUUUGAUGGUAUUACAUACUUUUCAGUUGAUGAUCAUUUUCCUAUUUUAAAUGUAAUAGAGAAUUUUGAAAUAUCACCAUUAUAUAUCAGUAACAGCUUUAGAUUUCCAUAUGAAAACAGUUUUACACUUAUAGAUGAAACUAUAAAAGUUAUAUCUAUUAGUUCUCAAGAGAAUGAGCAAAUUUCCAAGUGUAUAAAAGUAGAAAAAUUCGAAAAUUCUCAAGAAAAUAUGCAAGAAACUCAUUAUAACUCAUUACUUGAAAUUGCUAAUAAAUAUAGUCAACGGAAUAAUAUAAAAGAGCAUAACAUUUAUAUUUUAUUACUUAAUAUUGUUAGAGGUAACUUAACAAAUUUAAGUUUGUUAUUUUCUCUAGAAAUUCUCAACUAUCUUAAUGAACAUUGUGAUGACUUUGAUUCGGAAGAUAAAGAAGAAACAGAAGAAUCAGAAGAAACAGAAGAAACAGAAAAAACAGAAGAAACAGAAAAAACAGAAAAAACAGAAGAAACAGAAGAAGAAGAAGAAGAAGAAUCAGAAGACAAUGAAGAAACAGAAGAAGGUAAUGAAUUAGAUCUUCAUCUUCUUUUUCCUACUGAAUCCAUAGAAGAAAAUAUUUCUAACCAAACAAUGGAAAAUGCUACUUCUAAUGAGUUAACUGAAAACAAAAAAUUGAAAAAAUUAUAUGAUGAAAUAUCAAAUGAUAUAACAGAUGCUAAAAAUGUUGGAACAAAUUUAAAUUCAGACGAAAAACAGGUUACAUCUGAAAAUAAUGAGUCACAAUCUUUUUUAUCGAAAUUUAAAAAAUAUGCGUCAUCAGCUUUUACACCACUAAAAUAUUUUUAUUCUACAUAUAAUUCAUCAUCCCACCCUACACAUAAUACUUCAUCUCAUCCAAGUAUAUCAUCUCAAUCUCAUCCAAGUACAUCAUCUCAAUCUCAUCCAAGUACAUCAUCUCAAUCUCAUCCAAGUACAUCGUCUGGAUCUCAUUCAAGUACAUCGUCUGAAUGGGAAUCGGAAUCUGAAUCGGAACCUGAAUCUGAAUCUAAUAUAUCAUCUCAUUCUCAUCCAAGUACAUCUUCUGAAUUUCAUCCAAGUACAUCCUUUGAAUCUCAUCCAAGUACAUCGUCUGAAUCUCAACCUAGUACAUCGUCUGAAUCUGAAUCGGAACCUGAACCUGAACCUGAACCUGAACCUGAAUCUGAAUCUAAUAUAUCAUCUCAAUCUCAACCUAGUAUUCCAUAUAAAAAUAAUGAUUCUUCAAAUGUACAUCUAGAGCGUUUAAGAGGUGAAAAUAAUAAAAUACCAAAUGACUUUUUUAUUGACACAGUCAAUUCAGAUGAAAAUAAUGAGAAAGAGAAAAAAGAAGAAAAUGAAGAAGAAAAUGAAGAAAAAAAUGAAGAAGAAAAUAUAAAGGAUAAAGUGAAUAAUAUAAAUUAUUUUAAACAUAUUUGUAAAAAAAAAAAAAUUAUGGAAGAAGAAAAAUUAAAAAGUAUUAGAGAAUUAAAAAAAGACUUAUUAAAAACUAAGUAUUCUAUUUUUAAUAAAAAAUCUUUAUUUCUAAAUGAAGAAAAUUUAAAAAAUAUUUUUGAAUCUACUUUUUUUGAUUCAAAUAAAAUGAAAAACUCUAUAAUAAACAUAAUUUCUUCUUUUGAAAUAGGAAAUUUAAAUAAAUUAUUGGUUAUUAAAUUAAGUGAUUUAAAUUUCCACUUUUUUAAAUCUAAGAAUAUUUUUUCUAAUAAAAAAAAAAUAUUAUCAUUUUUUAAGUUUAAUACUGACCAAAAAGUCUUAAAAAAAAUUUCUAUGAAGUUAUAUGCUGUAUUUUCAAUUGUAUGGUUACAUUAUACAAAUUAUUUAAGAAAGAUAUUAGAUAUAUUUUCAACAAAUGAAUUGAAUAUUCUCACAAAUAUGUAUUAUUCAUUUUUCAAAAAAAAUAAGGAUGAUUAUAAUUUAAACCUUUUAAAUUACUUCGGAUUUACAGAUGCAUUUAUGAUGUAUAUAAUUUUAAUAUCUUCAAAGCGUAAUGUAUAUUUUAUAAAUGAUAAUAAGUCAAUAGAUAUUCAGAAUAAAUCAUUAUUAAAUGAGGAUGGAAUACAUAUUAUUAAUACAUACAAUGGAUAUUUUUAUGAAGUUAAAAAUAAAUGUGUAUCUAAAAUUAUGGAUAAAAAUUUAGUUAAUAAAAAUAUGAUAAAUGCAGGAUUUGGAUUAAAUUUUUAUUAUGUUAAAAGAGUUGAUAAAUCUAUUUUUGAUUAUAAAAAUGAAACACAAACUGAAGUAGAAAAAAAAAUGUUUUUAGUUAGUAGGGGAAUAAAUAAAUUACUAAAAUCUGUGGAACAUGAAAUUUUAUCUUAUAAUUCUAAUCAAAGAAUGGAUACAGAGAAAUUUUCAUUUCUAACUAUUUAUAGAAACGAAAAUGCUAAUAAUAUUAAUGACAUUCCUGCUUUAAUUACAGCUAUUAUAUGUGGACAGCAUAAAAAAAUAAGCGAUAUAAAACAAUGUAUCAGCAGUGAUAAAGCUUUUUCAUCUUUUAAUGAUAAACUUAAUUUUAUUAUACAAAACUUUUAUAAUUACAACACAAGUUUUAAUGAUAUUUCUUUUUUAUCUAGCAAGCAACCUAAUCAAAAUGUUUUCAGUAAUUUUUACAAUAAUGAAAAAAUACUUUUAGGAACUUUACUAUUGUAUCUUGAGAAUAUGAAAAAAAACAUUACAAAUUUAUCUAAGGAAAAAACAAUUAGAUAUAACUUUUCAUUUAUUUAUAAUUUAUUAAAGAAGCAUAUCUUAAAAAAUAGUUUAAUUAAUCAAGAAAUUAAAAAUUAUUUUAGUGCCUUAGAAGAAAUAAUUUUUAAAUAUAAAUUAUAUAACGAAAAAAUAUUUACAACUCUUAUAUCGUUAUAUAACAGGGAGAAAGACAAUGCACAAUAUAUGGAGAUAAUGGAUAUUAUCUCGUUAAUUUUUUAUCGCAUGAAUAUCCAAGACUUUAUGGAAAAUCAUAGCAAAGGUAUGCCAACACUUAGUAGAGAAAUAUUAACUCUUGAUUUAAUGGAUGUGAUAAAUAUAAUGGUAUUUUUCAAUAAUGUAUUAAGUAAAAUUAAAGUAACAGACGAAUUUAAUGUAUUAGUUGAUAAAGAGGAUAUUAUAAAUCUUCAUAUAUAUAAAAUGAUUGAAAUCGUCGAGAUUCUUUUUAAUAAUUAUGAAAAUUACUAUUAUGAUAUUAUAGAUGAUAAUAUAAGAGACAUAAUAAAAAAUACAUUAUUAAAUAAAAUGGAACUUUUACUUAUUCACUAUAAGAAAUUCAUUGAUGAUGAUACGAAAAUAUUAUCAUCUCAACUUACUAAAAAUUUUAAAAAGAAGAAAUCUUUUAUAAUAUAUGAAGAACCCAGUACAUAUAAUUUUCCAAUUGAAAUAUCAUUUAUCAAAGUUAAAAAUUUUGAAAAUAUAUUUCUUUUAGACUUAAUUGAAUAUUCAUAUUCAAAUGAUACUAGUUCUAACUUGAAUCCUUCUAAUCAAAAAUAUGAUGGAAUAAAUAAAGAAAUGUUACAAUUAAUUCAAAAUGGGAAAAAAAUUAUUUUAUAUUAUCAUGUAUUUGAUUUACCUAAAUCAAUUAAUGAAAAAUUGUUCGAACAUAUUUUUAAUUCUGUAAGAAAUAUGACAUCUAAUAGUUAUUUUGUUAAAAAAAACAAGCACUGGGGACGAAAUGUUACAAAUAAAACAUAUGAUAAGGUGAGUGAAGGUUAUUUCCAAAGGUUAAUUAGAUACUUUUUUGAGAAUAAUCUUGUAAGUGAUUUAAUUGAGUAUAUAUUGAAAUAUGAUGAAGUUAAUAUAGAAUUUACAAUGGAUUCAAAAGAAGGAAAAGAUAGAAAUUUAUAUAAAUGCAUAAAAAAGCAAUGGUUCUAUAAAUUUAAUUUAAAUAAGAUGAAAUCAUACAUCCAAAAUAUUAAAAUGAGUUUUAAUUUAAAUGCUAAUGAUUUAAAACAAUGUAUAAGAAUUAAUAAACCCAAAUCUCAUUUAAGUAUAUUAACGGAUAUUAUGUUAAACAUAUUAGCUUAUGAAUUAAAUCAUAUUUUCAAGAUGAAAUAUCAAUUUAAAUCAAUUUUUUCUCUUAUGGAAGUAAAAAGAAAUGAUAUAACUUAUGAAUUGUAUUCAAAAAUAAAUAACAAAUUAAAUAUUAAACAGAAAAUUGCUCUUUUCUAUUAUUCAAGAUAUGCAUUAUUACACUUAACUGAAAUGUUAAGUGAGCAUUUUAAAGUAAAAAUUUUAUAUUUUUCAUAUAGUAAAAAUGAUGGAUAUGAUUUACACUGUUAUAGACCACAUAAUCACAAAAAUGAUAGCAAAGUCGUCAUAUUACAAGAUGGACAUAAUUUUAAAGUAUAUAAUUCAAAUAAUAGCCUCUUUAAAUUAGAUAAUGAUGAUUUAAGAGAAGCAUCUGUUAUUCAUCUAUUUUAUGAUGAAUUGCUUAAAAAAAAGUUGUUGUUGGAAUUAAUUUUAAAUGAAUAUAUGCUUUACAAGAAUGCUUCAGAAGAAGAAAUACAUAGUACUAUAAAAAAUAAUUUAAAAGAAAAAAGUUAUGAGAAUUUACAAGAAAUGAUAAGAAUUUUAUUAGGACGUCAUGAUAUUGGUAAUGUGAAGAAAUCUCAAAUAAGAAACCUAAUUGAUUUAGAUAUUUUACAAAAUAGAAAUGAAAGAGUCAAAAGUAACUACAUAAAUUUAUUAUAUUUAGAAAUAUUUUCUCUUUUCGGUUAUGGUUAUUAUCAUAAUUUGGAUAAUUUUUUAAAAGAUUUGUUUAUAGCUGAUAAAUACCUAUUAGAAUUGUUUAGAAAUUCUCUUUCUAAACUGAAAAAAAAGUUUAAAUAUAUGAUUAUGAAAAUAGAAAAGAUAAUAGAUUAUAAAUAUAUAGAAAUAAAAAAAUUGAAAAAAAGUACAUUGUCAUUAUUUAAAAAAAAAGGAAGUGAGAUGAGAAUAUUUGAUUUUAAAGAUAUGUUUCCAUAUUUUUCUAAAAAAAAAAAAUCAAACUAUGAUAGAUUUUAUGGUCAAAAAAUGGAUAUAUUUAAAAUUGAUGAAAAUGUGAAAGAUAAAAUAUUAAAAGAAAUGGAACCAUAUAAAUUUUCAAUAUCAUCUCAAGAAAAACAACAGUUUUAUUUUAUAUCUUUAAUUGGGUUGGGAUAUUCCUAUAUUCAAAAAUUUGGUGACUUAAAAUUAGGUUUAUACCCAUCUGUAUCAAUGAGUAAUAUGAUUAUUUUGCGCAAAUUAUACUAUUUAUUUUAUAUAAAUGAAUUAAUGGAUUUAACGAGAUUUAUAAUUAACACUAUCAUGAAGGUGUAUAAUAAAUUUUUUUGCAAUAAAAAAGAAUUCAUAAAAAAUGGAGAAAUUAUAUUGAGUAAAGAGAAAAGGAACGAAUUUGCUAGUAUUAUUUUAUCAAAGGAAAAUGUCAAUCUUGAUUAUUCAGAUUAUGAAGAAAAAAAAAAAAAUUCUAAUAAUAUAUUUAAAAAAAAGGAAAACAGAAAGGAAAAUGGCAAUAAUAUCCAUGGGUUUGAUUUUUAUUUAAAUUAUAUAAUUAGUAAUGUACAUAGUUUCUUUUAUACUGUUUUUAAUUGUGAAGAUAAUAAAAAUUGUUUUCUUAAAAAUAGUGAAUUUGCUGCAGAAAUUGUUACAAAUUAUCUUAGAAAUAAUCCAUUUAAUGAAAAUAUGAUAUGGAUAUUACCAAUUUUAUCUAACCAUUUUAGAAGUCCGUUAAAUGUAUUAAAUAUAAAUGGAAAUAAUAUAUAUUUAUAUAAAUACCAGGAUGAUAGUGCAGUGAAAUUUAAUAUACAAAUCUUAGUUGAAGAAGGAAACACAUAUUUAAUUUUACCCACUUAUUUCAUGCAUAUAAACAUAUUAAAUAUAAUUACAAACACAAUGAUAAAUAAUGAAAAAAAAGUUUUCAAAAUUGAUAAUCCAUUUUCAUCAUCUAACUAUAAAAUAUCAAAUUGUUCGCUAAAUUUAGAUGAAUCUAUAAAAAAUUCUAGGAAAUCUGAUUAUUAUUACAAAAAAUAUUUUGAAAUAAUUAAAGAAAAAAUUAAUUUAUUUUUAUCAAAAAAAAUUCCUUUAUAUACCAUGUUAAUAUCAUUAAGAGAAGAUAUAUUAAAUUUUAAGCAUUUAAUAUAUUAUGAUAAUUUUACACAGUUUCUAAAAAUAAUGGAUUAUUUUUUUUUAGCACUCAAAACAAAAAUACAAUUAAAUAUUGAAUUUUCUUUAGACACUAUUUUUAAUUCUCCGAGUACAUUAGUUAGGGAUUCUAUAAAAAAUAUUUAUGCUUAUAUUGAAAAAGACGAAUAUAGCUUUUUUGGUAUUGAUAUUAAAAAAUCUUAUUCUAAUAUAUUAAAAGGUUAUGAAGAAAAUAAAUAUUACUCUAGCAAUUUUUUGAAGUUGAUGGAUUUUUUGAUGAAUAACAUAAAAGGUGAAAUUAAUGCACACAAUAACCUAUUAAAAAAGAUGAAAAAUGUAAAUGAAGAAACAAAAAAAAGAAAUAUAUAUAUAAAAAAAUUAAAAAAUUUAGAGUCUUUUAUAAUAUGUGAAUAUGGAAAAGUUAUAAAUAAUAUGAUGAAAUAUGUUGAAAUAAAUUUAGAUAAUAUAAUUAAUCAUUUAAUAUUUAAAAGCGAAAUACAAAACAGUGUUCAUGAUAUUAUAAAUAAAGCGCAAAUAUUAGAUGACUGUUGUUUAAAAUAUGAUUAUAAUGAAAUAGGUGCAACCGUAAUGACAAAAAAGUAUUUUCAGGAGUUAGAAAAAAGAAAUAUAAAAAUUUCUAGCUAUUGGAAAGUUUUAGAAAAAUUGUCAGAUGAAGAGUUAAAUUAUGAAGAAUGGUAUUCUAUAGCAUCGAAAAUACAAGUAGAUUUUUUUAAAAAAAAUGAACUAGUUUAUUUUAAUUUUAUAAAGGAAGAUGAUUUUUGGAAAAUGGGAUCAAGCAAAUAUACCCAAUAUAUAAUGAAUCGUUUAAAAAAAAAUAAAUUAUAUAUACAUAGAAUGGAUUUAAAAAAAUUAAAACAUAAUAAUUUAACCUAUAAUGAAUGGAAAAGCAUAUUAUAUGAAGCAAAAAUAAUAAGUAAAAUAAAAAAUGAUGUAGAUGUAAUUCCAUUAAAUAGAGAGCAUUAUUAUAUCUCUCUUAUAUGGAAAUUUUUUAACACAGAAGUAACCAUAAAUGGAAGUAAUAUAAAAUUUGAAGAUGCUUAUACAAAAUUAAAGACUUUUCAUAAAAAUGAAUUAAAAUAUUUAUCAUCAUUAAAAAGAGAAGAUAUAUAUAAUCUAUUUAAUGCAAUAAUAAUGCUACAUCGAAUAGUAGAAUCAAUUGAUGAAGAUAAAUUCAAUGAAUAUAAAAGUUACAGAAUUACCAAUAUAUUAUUUGAUGAGUUAACAAGGAAAGGAAUUUAUAUAUCUGGAGAUUCACCAGUAACAAAGGAAUAUAUUCAGUCUAUAUUUAAUUAUGAAAUAUGGAAAAAAGAGGUUAAAAAUGUUAAAGUUAGUAAUAUGCUUAUUAGAUCAUUAGUACCUACAAAAUAUUCUAGAUACUUUGGUUCAUCUCCAGUUUUUAAAAUUCUUCGUUUUUUUGUAAAAACUAAGUUGAAUAAAGGUUUAAUAAAUAUUUUAUCUCAUAUUUUAUAUAAUAUUUUUAAAUUAGGUAAAACUAAGAGAGAAAUUUUAAAAAUAAUUGCAUCAGAAGGUGUUUUACGUGGUAGUGUAGAUGUAUUUAGACUUAUUUUAUUAAAACUUAACAUUUCAUUAGAUGGAUUAACAAUGUGGUCUACUUUUGUUCUAACAACUAUGCAUAAAAUAAUGGAAGAAUGUUUUCUUCAAGAUUUAAUAGAAAGCAUAAAUUACAGAAGAAUGUUCUCAAAUUUAUUUUUUUUAUUACAUAGUUCUAUUGAAGAAUAUUAUUUCAAAGCAAUAUUAGAUUCAAUAUUAGGAUAUCCUGCCGUUAUGGAAUUUAUAAAUGAUAAUGAAGAAAAAUUUAAAAAUAUUCUUUUACAUUUUAAAAAUUUUUUUCUUUUAAACUUUGGAAGUUACGUAAAUUUUUUUCAACACUUAUAUGAUGGCAUUGAAAGAAAAUUUAUAACUUACAUAAAAUAUUACAUUACAAAGUUUUUAAAUGACGUUUUACCGUUUUCAACAGAAAUUACUGAAAAAAUAAAACAAAUUGAAAUGCAAAGAAUUGAUCUUCUUGAAUUUAUUUCUAUUGUAGAUGAAGAAAGCUCCAUACACAUAUAUGAAAAUAUUAUAGCUCUUAUACAACAUGAGGAUUUUAUGUUAAAAUUUAGGUUAAGUAUUGAAAAGGUGCAUUCACAAUUUUUUCUUAAUGAAAAAAAAGUAAGAAUAACUAAAACGAAAUUAAUAGACAGCAUGUAUAAUAGAUGGGUACAAAGUAUUUCUAAAAACAAAGUAAACACAACAUUGAAUUCAGGUUUUCAUAAGCUAAAAAAUAAAGUUCCUAAUUUAAAAUCUUCAUUUUUAGAAAAUCCAUAUUUAAAACGUCAUAAGAAAAAACUCAAUAAUUCUUCACAAAAAGUUAAAAAAAAUGAUAAUAUGGAAAAUUUUGAAAAUAUGGAAUAUCAAGGAUAUAUGAAUAUUAAUUACCCUAAUGAAAUGAAUAAAAAAAAUCAAAAUUCGCUAGAUAUGUUGAGUCAAGAAAAAUUAAACAAAGUAAACAAAAAUUCAAAUCUUAUUAACUUAAAAUUAUAUCCUAUAAUAGACUAUGAGAAUAAAUCUUUAGAUAAUAUAAAUUUGGAUAAAAAAUUUUAUAAAAAGAAAAAUAACAUACAAAAUUCAGAAAACCACAAUGAUUAUUUAAAUUACAAUAAUGAAAAUGGCAAAUAUUACUACGGAGUAAAAGGAGAUAAUGAAAAAACAUAUAACAAUUUAUCUUUCUUUCAAAAUAACACAAUGAACAAGUAUAAAAGUUUUUAUCUUAUAGAAUCAUACAACUAUAGAACAUUAAGUUGUUUAGAAAAAUUGUUCAUAUAUGGUUUUGAUAAUAAAAAUAAUAUUUCUGAAAAUAAAAUAAAAAUUUGUAGUUAUUAUUAUAGCCAAUAUUGGAGUAAAAAAGUACAUAAAAUAUCCAUAAAAAAAUUAAGUGAUCAAGAAAAAUUCAUAUAUGGUUACAGUCAUAAUUUAUAUCUAACAUUGAAGGCAAAAAACACAAACUGUCAACUACAUUUUAAAAUUAAUAUUAUAGUAGAAACUGAAAAUAGUUCAAAACUUCGAGGACAUAAAAAAAUGAUUGCAGAUUUCAAUAUAUUUAGAGAAAAUAAUGAACUGUGUUUUUUAAUUAUUAACAGUACAAAAGAUAUAUAUAAAAAUAAAAAUGACCUUUUAUGCUUCCAAGCAGAACUUGUUCCAUUCUAUAAGAGCAAUAAUAUUAAUGAUCACUUAAAAAAAGUAUUUAGUGAAAUUUAUAUUAAUAGUUACAAUAAAAAAAAGGGAAGUAAUAUAUCUGCAAAUGAAAAAAGUGAUGAUAACUAUAAUUCUAAUGAACAAUAUCCAUUUAAUAUCCUUGAUAAAAAUAAAACAAAAACACACUUCAAAGCUUUUAAAAAGGAAAAGAAAAAUACGAAGCAAAAAAAGCCAAAUAAUUUUCAUAGUACUAAGGAGAAAAUAGAUAAAGAAAAUGAACAGAAAGAAGUUGGUAAAAUUAAAGAAGAUUAUAAUAAUUCUAUUAAUAUAAAUUCAGCUGAUUUGAAGGAAUACAAAGGGAGAAGAAAUAAAGAAAAUUCAUUAGGAACUAAAUUAAGAAAUGUUAAAGAUCGUAUAAAAGGGUUUAUGAAUAAAAUAAAAAAAAUUAGAAAUAAAGAGAAAAAAGAAGAUAUUAAAAACAAUAAAUUAGAAAGAUUGAAAGAUGCUUUAAAAUAUUUAACAAAAAAAAAUAUUAUAAAUCAAUUAUUAGAAUUUGAAUAUUAUCAUUCUAGUAAAUGGAGUUCAAAUAUUUUUAGUGUUACUAUUGAAAAUAUGAAAGGAAGAAAUGAAAAUAUUAAACUAUUAUUAGAGCUUGGAGAUUAUAACUUAAAAACAUAUUUUGAAGUUGAUAUAAAAGAUAACUAUAAUAUUCAGUUAUUACAACAAUUAGAUAAUUUUAUUAAAAAAAGCAAUAUGAAAGAUUAUAUAACACAAAAUUUAAAAAAAUAUAGAAAAAUAUAUUUUAUUUUGAAACAUAUAUUUAAUUUUGUAGAAGAAAUUAAAAAUGUUUCUUACUUGAAAUCUAAAAAGUAUGGCUCAAAUGGAGUUAAUGACUAUGAAGAAGCAAAAAAAAGUGGAGAAUCAGAGGAUGAAGAUGAUGAAGAAGAAUAUAAAGAAAGUUAUGAAAAAAAUGAACAACACACAUUACAAACAUUACAAAAUUUAGAUAAAAAUAAACAAAGAAAAAGGAAAUCUAAUAUUGAAGAGCAUUUAAAAUUCACAUGGUAUAAGGCUGAUAAUAAAAUGAGAAGUGAAGUUAUUUUACCAGUUAGAUCAAUUAAUCCGUUAAAAUUAAAAGAUGAUAAUAGUGAAAUUUCAUGUGAAAUUAAUUCAGAUAUUAAAAAUAUACUAAAUUUUUUUAGAAAUCCAAAUGAUAAUAUUGAUAUAAAAAAAAAAGUAAAUACAUAUUUAAAUAAUUCUAAUGAUAAAGAUAAUGAUACUAGUUCAGAAUCAUCAGACUUUAGUUCAAGCGAAGAUGAUAUGUCUGAUUUAGAAAGUCAAUCUGAAACAUAUAACUAUAAAGUAAACUUUUUUUCUGAUUAUACAAAUUAUUUCAAUAAAAUUUAUCCAUUAACUGAAGAGGAGAAUUAUAUAAUAAAAAGAAGAAUGGAUAAAACCUCUGUUUUACUUAAUUAUAGACUUAUUUUAUUAGCAGUUGUAAUAAUUAAAACUAAUAAUCUAAGUAACAUAAAAAAAUUAAGUGUUUUAACGAGAAAUUUUUUAAAGGAAAAUUACAAAAAUUAUAAAAAUUUUGAAUUUCAUCAAAAUGAAUUAUUUAAUAAAAAAUAUAUAUAUGUUGAAAAUAAGCACUAUUUAAUAAAAAAAAAAUUAGAAUGUUUAAUUGGUUUAGAGUUUUAUAAAACUUUAAAAGCUUCUUUAAAAAAAAAGAACAUUUUAAAUAAUUUUUUGGAGGAUUUAAGUGUUCAAAUUUCUCACAUAAAUAAUUUUUUUUAUAAGUAUUAUUACACUGAUAAUUCAAAUAUUCAUUCUUCUCGCUUUUACUUGAAUAAAUUAAAAAAUAUUCGACAUUUAUGUCCAGUUAUUUUUAAAUUAAAAAGUAAAGAGAAAAUAAAUGUGAGAGAUACAUCUAAAAUAGAUAAUUCUAUAAAAUUAUCUUCAAAAAAAAGUGUAAAAAAAGAAUUAGAAUUAUGUGAAAAAAAUGUAGGUUUCUACGGGACUAAUAUGAUGUUUUUUGAUAAAACAUUGGAUAAUUUUAUAGGAAAAAAAAAGAUUAAAAAUAUUGCAAUGUUUUCUUAUGAGUGUGAAAAAUCUAUUUUUGAUGGAAAGAAUUUGAGCGAAUUGGAUGAUAACUAUAACAAUUUUUGUAUUAAUAUAUUCGAAAAUAAACUUAAUGAAAAUGAUGAAACAUUUAAGCCAAAUACAAGUUGGAUAGAUAUGUUAUAUAACACUUUUUCAUCAAAAAAGAAUUAUAACUAUAAAGGAACUCAUUAUAGUGAAAUAAGAUGUUUUGCUUUUGCUGAUAGAGAUGAAUUAAAGGAAUAUCAAAAGAAGAAAGAUACAAAAUGUAAAGUAACAAUUUUAAAUAAGUCUACAACUGUUUUACAACAAUUUAUAGAUAAAUAUUACAAGAUAAAAACGGAAGGAAUUAAUAAUGGCAAUGCAUAUGAUGUUUAUGCUUUGUAUAAAAAUAUUUACACAGUCAUAUUAUAUAAAUUAAUGUUUGAAACAAAACUAUUUAAACCUUUACGUAUACAACAGAAAUUAAAUUCAGUCGGAAUUAAGUAUACUAAGUUAUUAAAUAAUAAAGAAAAUUCAACAAAUUUUUAUAAACAUAUGUUAGAAAAAACUAGCUCACUUUAUCUAGAAAUAGAACUUCUUUAUAAUGAACAUGUUUUCCUAAGGAGUAUUCCUUUUCCACAUGAAUCUGUUGAUAUUAUGAUAUUUAAUCAUAAGCCUUUUGAUAAAAAUGCAUUUGGUUAUAAAUUAACAGCAGAUCCAGAACAAGUUAUUAAUGAAGGAGAAGAAAACACAAGAAUUUAUUCUUUUUUUGUUCUUAAUUUAUUGGGAUUUUAUCCUGACAUACAAAAAGCACUUCUUCGAGCUUCAGAAAGCUCAGAAUUAAUUUAUAAAUUAUUAAAUAUAAAAUUAGAUGAUAUAAAAAAAGAAACAAAAAAAACAAAUACAGAUGGUGGUAACAAAAAUUCGGAAGAUGAAGAAAUGCCAAAGAGUAUUGAACAGUUAAUAGAAGAUGAUAAUAAGGAUAUGAAAGAAGAAAAAAAAGGAAAUACAGAAGUUAAAAAUCCAUUUAAAAAAAUUUAUAAUUAUUUAUUUUCUAAAGGAAAAACAGUAAAGGAAGAGGUAUUAGUAAAUGCAAGUAUGGAAACUAAACAACAUAAUAAAGAAAAAAGUAAAAAAUACGAAAUAAAAGAUUUUAAGUGGAUGGAAAGCGAACAAAUAUACGGCAUUAAAAAGUUAAUUAUACAGCAUGGAUUAGUUGACUAUUUUAUAGAAGGAAUAAAAUUGAUGAAAUUAAAAAAUUAUUUAGAAGAUGAUAAUUACUUGGAAGCUUAUAAGUAUGCACUUGAAGUAGAACUGAAGAAAGAAGAUUUUUAUCUUCACUUCAUUAAAACAACGCCUUCUUUUAACUUUGAAGAUUAUAAAGUUGAUCAUUUAUUAUUGUUUGCUUUUUACUAUGGUUUUGCUGAUUUAAUGCGAACUAGAAGGGAAUACAUAAAUUUAGAGUCAAGCUUAAAUAGAAUAAUUGAAAAUAAUAAGUCCAUCUUUGUAUACAGAACAAAUUCAUACAAAAUUUUUGAUUUAGAAGAAGAUAAAAGAAUAUUAUUAAAUGAAGAACAUGAACAAGUGGCAAAGUUCAUCUAUAAUUGUGCUAUUCAACAUAGGUUUCUUCAAAGAGAUAACCUUUCAUUUAAGUUUAAAAGAGAACAAACUCAGGAAUUAACAAAUUUAUUAAAUAAUAAUAAAAAAAAAAUUUAUAACCAAAAUGAUAUAAAAGAAAUUAUAUCACUUACAGAAGUAGUAACAGAGAAUUUUAUUUUUACAUUAAAUAAUUAUCCUUCUAGUUUAAGUUUAAGCAAACAUUCUUCAUUUUAUGAAAAUUUCAUUUCUAAUGUAAAAGAAUUUUUUUUCUCAUUUAGGAAAGAAAAUAAUUUAAUAUAUUUAAUAAAAAAAAGAGAUAUUAAUUUUAAUAUUUCAACCAUUAAACUUUUAAGCGAAAAAUCAACUUUCUUUAAUUUAAUAAAAUCUAUUUUAAAAUUUGUCUUCUUAGCUGCUACAAGAUCAUAUAACGUUGAUUCAGCUAUUGAAAAAGUUCUAUAUUUGAAUGAAGAAAAUAAUGAAAAUAUUAAUUCAUAUGCACAAAGAAUAGAAGCUAAUGGUACACAAAUAAAUAAUGACAUACAAAGUAAUAGUUCAAAAUCUUAUGAUAAUGAAGAAAAUACCAAUAAUGAAUAUGUUUUUUUAGAAAAUCCUUUGCAUAAAUUUAAAAAAAAAUUAAAUAAUCCUUUGAAUAAAGGCAAAACACCAUUAGAAAAUAUCAAAAAUAAGAGUAAAUUAUUUCUACUAAUUAAUUGUAAGGUUUUUAAUUCUACUGGAGAUUGUAAUGAAUACUAUUCAAGUAAAGGAAAUGCAUAUACUGUUAAAGAAAAGAACAACGAAAAUAAUAAAAAAAAAAAGAAAUUUUUAUCAUCAUUAUAUUAUAAAUUAAAUAGUAUUAAGGAAAGCUUAAAAAUAAAAAAAAAAAAAAAAAAAAAAUUAUUUUAUAAUGAAUCAAGUUUUGUAUUGAACAAUCAACUGUAUAAUCCAUUACGGGAACAAAAAGAAGAAGAAAAAAAUAUGAAAAAUAAGAUUAACGAAAAAAAAAAUAAUAUUGGAGAAAAUGUAACUAAAAUAGGAGAACAUUCAGAAGGAAAAAUGGAAGGAAAUGAAAAAAAAAAUAUGUUUGAUAGUGAAAUAGAACUCUUACUUCUAGAUAGGGCGAAGGAAAAAGGUAUUUUCAAUAGUGGUACAUCAGGUAAUGGAAAUAUGUAUACUAGUAUGGAUAUAUACAUGCAAAGAAACAUAUACAAUAAUGAAUCAAAUGAAAAAGAUUUAGGUAUUAAAAGGAUAGACACAAAUAGGUUAUCAUCACAUUUGAAUAAAUCCGAAUCAGGAUAUGACUUUAUUGAAUUGGAGAGAAAAGGUCCUUUGAAACUUAAUAGAGUUAAAAAUUUUUUAGGUAGAAGAAUUAGCAAUUUAUAUAGUAAAGUAAAAAGUAAAGCUUUUUCAAUGACAUUAAUUCAUGGUCUUGAUUUUAUUCUAAGAAAUAGUCUUCGUUUUUAUAAAAGUAAACUUAUUUUAAAAUAUAUUACAUAUUAUGCUAAAAUGUAUGUAAUACAAUCCUUAGAUAUGAUAUUUCUAAUUGUUAGAGAUUAUGAAUUGGGAGCUUCCUUAACAAAUACCAAUUCUAUAAAACAUGGUUUAUUUAAUAUAUGUUUAUUUAAUUUGCAAAAUAUUUCUGUAUCUUUAAAAAAUAUAUUAAAUAUUAUUGAUGCAGAACAAAUUGAAAAUAUAUUGUCUUAUUUAAUUUCCAUUAUCCACAUGAAUUAUACAGGAAACCCUCGUUUUAUUGAAGAUCUUAUUAAAAAUAUUAAUUACGCAUUAUCAAAAAAUGCAACUUUAAAAAAAUUAUUUGGAAAUUUUGUGUCUUAUCUUACAAUUUCCUCUAUACAAACAUUUGAAUUAUAUUUUCAUUCAAGAUAUAAAAAAAAAUUAUUAACAUUUAUUAUUUCUAUAUUAAAUAAUUUAUCAGGAACUAUUUCAAGUGUGUUUAGUGAGCCAUUUUUUCAAUCCUACAUUUGUACUCAUUUAAUAAAGUUAGGAGAAUCCUUUAUAAGUGAAUUUAAUCCAGAAAACACUGUAUAUGGAUUCUUCAUGGAUGUUGCAGAGAUUAACUUUUUUGAUAUUUUUAUUUCAUAUAUAUUUUAUUAUUUUCCACAAGUUGUGAAAGAUUUUAUAGAAAUAUAA